CUAUUCUAUUGAUCAGACGAUGAGUUAAAUCAGUUUCUUUUCACUUAUUUCCCACUUAAUAAUUUGAAGGCUUCCCUCAACCUGUCAAAACCAGGUAACAUUCCAGAAUUUCGCGAAUCCUGAAUUCACAACGUCAAAAGGAAGACAUCAGCCUCUUUAGACGUACAUUUCUACUAAACAAUCAACUCAAUCCUUAUCAAUAUACAAUGUCAGAAGAGGAAUCAACAAUAACGUCUGAUUUCAGAGCGUCCAAAGAUCUUACCGGCUCUUUUGUUGAGUGGGGGUUAGUUGAAAUUGAAAAUUGGCUAACUAGAUUAGAUUUCCAUCAUGAAGUUAUCAAGAAAUUCACUUUGAAUAACAUUACUGGUGAUUUAUUGCCAUAUUUAAAAGAUAGCCAUUUUGAUGAGAUGGAGCUGGAACUCAAAGACAAAAUUAAACUGAAAAUUGAAAUAAACAAGUUAUUAUCCUCUCAAAAUUAUCUUGAUCCUAAUUCACUAGAGAAACUUUAAAUGAUGAAUUUUAUAAACUAAGAGAAGAUCUUGGAAGAUUACAAAAACCAUUACCAACACCAGAUAAAAACCCAUCAUCACCUUUCAAUUUAUCAAGUCCAACUAAAAAUUCUAAACCAUCAACAGGAACAAAUUCAAGUUUCACAAUAUCUUCUCCAAACGAACCUCACCAAAACUUACAAAGAAAACAUAGUGAAUCCAACAAACACUCGAAAUCAAACAGAGGCUCUGCCCUUUUCUCUACAAAUUCAAACCAUGCUUCAAACUCAUCAUUAAC